AAAAAGUUACACCUCUUCAGCUGAUUCUCAUUGCAACGCCUUCCAACACUGUCUUUACUAUUUUGUUUUUCUUCACAAAAAUCCACAAACUGUCAGCAUAUUUCCCCUAAUUGGAUAACAAACUGACUUAAAACCAUGACGCUUUUUGUCCUAAUCGCGCUGCUUAGUUUGCUGAACACAAUCCUGCCGGACUUUUUACGGAACUACCUCAAAGUAUCACGUCUGUGGGUCGCCAGGAACUCCUCGGAGCUGAAUCUACUGCAAAAGGAAGUGGAUUUGGCCCGUGAGCAGGUGGAAGAGGUACGCAAUGCGGAGCAUUCCGGAGAGUAUGCUAGGACCAUCAAAAUUAUGCGCGCCGAGCGAAAAGUGUCGGAGGCGGAGGCCAAGCUGAAGUCCGCUCGUGGCGUCGAGCACCUGAUGCGCAUGGGCAUUGACACGGCGGCUUUCUAUGUCUCCAAGGUGUUACUUUCCCUGAUCACAGUGAUCGUGAGCAUUCGGAAUCGUGGUACGCCUGUACUAGUAAUCGACGAUAGCAUAAGCUUAGCGCCGUUCACGGGGCUUCUCAGUUUUCCCACCGGCGUGGCCAAUGCGAUUUCCGUGCCCGCCUGGGCUUUCUCCUGCAACCUGACCUUCAAGCUCCUCUACGGAUUGGUAAAAAACCGCGGUGCGUGAGCCAAUCCGGAGUAUUGCUUCAUCUAGUUUAGCUGUUAAAAGGCGCCCGACACUUUAAACUAUGUACUUUGUUAUAGUCCGCUAUGCUUCACACGCAUCAUCACUACAUUGUAACGUCCCAAUCUUGUAAUAUAAAAAUCACGCAAAUUAAAUGUAUUUUCAAAGACGAA